AAGUGGUGAAAAGAGGCGCCGCCGGAGGCGGAGAGAAGAAGAUGUAAGUUCCGCUCAUGGGUAGGGCGUUCUCGGAGGUAGGGCGUCGCGACGUGAGGCCUUUGCACCGUAGGGUGCAGCCCGCACAUCGGCUCUCACCAGCCCGGCGGGAAAAAGCCGGCCCCCGGAAUGCGACCAAGUGCCAGAGAAUAACAGUUUAGAGGUCCAAGAUGUCCAAUCUGAGGAUAUUUGCAAUGAAUCAUAAGAAAAUAUCCAGCUUGCACAUUAACAAUAUGUGUUCCUCUAAAAUAAGAGCAAGUCUAAAAAGAUUAAGGCUACAUGUGCUUCUUGGAAGAAAUUACAGUUCCCUACCAGGUAUCGUGUCCUUGGAAUUGCUGAGGGAAGGUUUAAUAGGAAAUGAUAUCAAGUCCCUUCAUUCCAUCAUCAAUCCUCCUAUUGCUAAAAUCCGUAAUAUUGGAAUUAUGGCUCAUAUUGAUGCAGGAAAAACUACGACCACAGAAAGAAUAUUGUAUUAUUCUGGAUACACAAGAUCACUGGGAGAUGUUGAUGACGGAGACACAGUGACAGAUUUCAUGGCUCAAGAGCGAGAACGAGGCAUAACUAUUCAAUCAGCUGCUGUUACAUUCGAUUGGAAGGGGUAUAGAAUCAAUCUAAUUGAUACACCAGGUCAUGUGGACUUUACUUUGGAAGUUGAGCGCUGCCUAAGAGUGUUAGAUGGUGCAGUGGCUGUGUUUGAUGCCUCUGCUGGUGUAGAGGCACAAACUCUUACAGUAUGGAGGCAAGCUGAUAAACACAAGAUACCUCGAAUCUGUUUUUUAAACAAGAUGGACAAAAUUGGAGCAAGUUUUAACUAUGCAGUUGAAAGCAUCAGAGAGAAGUUGAAGGCAAAGCCUUUGCUUUUACAGUUACCAAUUGGUGAAGGCAAAACUUUCAAAGGAGUGGUGGAUGUAGUAAGUAAAGAAAAACUUCUUUGGAAUCCCAAUUCAGAUGAUGGAAAAGACUUUGAGAGAAAACCCCUCUUGGAAAUGAGUGAUCCUGAAUUGCUGAAGGAGAUAACGGAAGCAAGGAAUGCCUUAAUUGAACAAGUUGCAGAUUUGGAUGAUGAAUUUGCUGACUUGGUUUUAGGAGAAUUUAGUGAGAAUUUUGAUUUGCUACCGGCUGAAAAGCUACAAACUGCAGUACACAGAGUAACACUGGCUCAGACAGCAGUGCCUGUGCUUUGUGGAAGUGCCCUGAAAAACAAAGGGGUCCAGCCCUUGUUAGAUGCUAUUACUAUGUACUUGCCUUCACCUGAAGAACGCAACUAUGAAUUUCUGCAGUGGUAUAAGGGUGACUUAUGUGCCCUGGCAUUUAAAGUUCUCCAUGACAAGCAGCGAGGCCCACUGGUUUUUAUGCGCAUUUACUCAGGCAUGAUAAAACCCCAGUUGGCCAUCCAUAAUAUUAAUGGAAACUGCACGGAGAGAAUAAGUCGUCUGCUUUUGCCAUUUGCUGACCAUCAUGUAGAAAUCCCUUCACUGACUGCUGGUAACAUUGCUUUGACUGUUGGGCUUAAACACACUGCCACUGGUGACACCAUUGUCUCAUCCAAGUCCAGCGCAUUAGCUGCAUGUCGUCGAGCGGAAAGGGAGGGAGAAAAGAAGCAUAGACAAAACAGUGAAGCAGAGAGGCUUUUGUUGGCUGGGGUGGAGAUUCCAGAACCUGUUUUCUUCUGUACCAUAGAACCGCCAUCCAUGGCUAAGCAGCCAGAUUUGGAUCAUGCAUUGAAAUGCCUUCAGCGUGAAGAUCCCAGUUUGAAAGUGAAGCUAGAUCCUGACUCUGGACAAACUAUCCUUUGUGGCAUGGGGGAGUUACAUAUUGAGAUAAUUCAUGACCGAAUCAAGAGGGAAUAUGGACUGGAAACCUAUCUAGGGCCCCUCCAGGUGGCAUACCGAGAGACCAUCCUAAAUUCAGUUCGUGCCACAGAUACUUUAGAUAGAACUUUAGGAGACAGACGGCAUCUUGUGACUGUAGAACUGGAAGCAAAAUCACUGGAAACAUCAUCUCUUCUGCCAGUCAUCGAGUAUGCAGCAAGUGUUGCCGAAGACCUUUCGCAGGCCUCACGAGAGGCCAUUGAAAAUGGCCUUCACAGUGCGUGCCUCCAAGGACCAUUGCUUGGAUUCCCAAUUCAAGAUGUAGCAAUUACUUUACAUUCAUUGGUAAUUCAUCCUGGUACCUCCACAACUAUGAUUUCUGCCUGUGUCUCAAGAUGCCUACAAAAGGCUCUGAAGAAAGCUGAUAAGCAAAUUCUGGAGCCCCUGAUGAAUCUUGAGGUUACAAUGACUAGAGAUUACCUCAGUCCUGUCCUAGCAGAUCUGGCACAAAGAAGAGGGAACAUUCAGGAAAUCCAGACUCGUCAGGACAACAAAGUUAUUAUUGGAUUUGUUCCCUUAGCAGAAAUUAUGGGUUAUUCAACUGUGCUUCGAACGUUAACAUCAGGCUCAGCUACCUUUGCCUUAGAGCUGUCUAAUUAUCAAGCCAUGAAUCCUCAAGACCAAAGUACACUGCUCAGCCAGAGAAGUGGCUUGUCCUAAGUCCUCGGAGAGAAACUCACUCAGGAGUACCUACCUACUUCAUUUUCAGUAAGAACAACUGAAAAGGUAGAACUUGAAACAGACAGUGGCACUGGUGCUGCCCAUUCUAUUUUAUAGAAUGAGAAACGUGCUUUGAUGUUGAAGGUUAAUGUACCUGAACUGUAUUGUGUAUCUAGGAAGUUAUUACUGCUGGUAGUCAAGAUUCAGUCUUUUGGAAUAUACUGAGUGAUAGAUAUCACGAGGUUUUUGGUUGGCUGAUUUUAAGCUUCUCUCACAGGAAAGAUGUCAGUCUUCUAUGUAUAAUGUAUAAUAAGAUGGAGGUUCAAUCAAUAAAGAGAUUUUAUUCAAAAACA